GGGAAUACUGGAGUGCUCAGCCCGGGCCUCGUGCUGCUCGGCUCACGUUACGUGGUGUACUGUGGUGGUUGUGGCGCGCGCCGGCUGCUGCACGUGUUGUGUUGGGAGACACGCCGCGCUCCUUCUCUUGUCCGCUCGCUUCCUGUUUCACAUGGGCGUCGGCUGAAUGAUGCCCUGCGACCCCCUAAUGAAGCCAAAACUCGGCUUCUCCAUAGAGUCCCUGGUGGGCGGCAAGGUAGGCUCAGAAGGUCGUGGGUCACCGCCGCUUGCCGACACCUGCAGCGACCGUGGUGUGUCGCCCCCGACCUCCAUGCCUCCGUCGCCUCUCUCGCCAGGGCCGCCUGCCUUCAGCGACCUGAGGGCGCCCCUGGCCAUGCGGGCGCUUUUCGACGACAAUAAACCGCUGCCCAUCCAGCGGCCUCAACCCAUUAAUGGUGCCACUCAAAGACCGUCUCAGGAGGUGAACCUACCGCCCUCCCUGCUGGCGGCGGCCAAACUUCCCACUGGGCUACAUCCCGCCCUUCUGCCGCAUCACUUGAACCUGGCACUGCCGCACCUACAGGGGCUUCACGGAGCCUUCCCACCACACCUUAACCCGCUCAUGAUGGGCGGCAGUGGUCCCGGUCUGGCCGCCCACCUGCCUCGGGAGUACCCGCUCUACCCAUGGCUUCUGUCACGUCAUGGACGAGUCUUCCCUCACGGCCUCCCGAGUCCUGAACAGCUGGCGUAUCUGCUACAGCCCUUCAGGAAGCCCAAGAGGAUCCGGACGGCGUUCAGCCCGAGUCAGCUGCUGAAACUUGAGGAAGCGUUUGAGAAGAACCAGUAUGUGGUGGGAGCCGAGAGGAAACAGCUGGCCCAGUCCCUCAACCUCUCUGAAACACAGGUCAAAGUUUGGUUCCAGAACAGAAGGACGAAAGAGAAGAGAAUCCAACAAGAAGACGAAGGAGAAGGUGGAGAAGGGGGAGGAAAUAAUGGUGAAGGAGGUGCAGUAGGAGGGGGAGGAGGAGGUGGAGGAGGCGGAUCAACAACUGCAGUAGGGGGAAGCAGCUCCUCUACCUCCGAUAAGUGUUCCUCCGCCUCCUCAGCUUCUCCUGAGAGAGCCUCCAAACCCAUGGAGGAGGAAGAAGAGGACGACGAGAUCAUCGAGGACGACUCUGAGAGUGAAAGUGUAGGCGUGGGCGGGGGACGGGUGGAACUCACCACGGGCUGAGGUGUCUGCUACCUGCUCACGCCCAUCUCGGCCACACCUACAUCCCUUUGCGCCCAGUCAGGACCUGCUGCACCUACCACACUGUACAAACCCCUGUAUGUUUGCCCCUGUGCACACGGUGGUGUGCGUCGCCUGUGCAUAGCGGCUGUGCCAAGUAUGUGCACACCUUGCUGUAUGCUCCGGAUACACGGCAGUGCACCCAGCGCCAUACACGCCAGAAAAUUGUGAACAUUUGUGUUAAUAUAGUGGUAUGUAGGAGCGAGUACACAGCCUUGGUGUAUAAGGCUGUGCUCGGCCUGGCUCCGCUAGUCACGGACAGAUAGGACUGCCCGCUGUUGUUCCCGCCCUCUGGUGGACCUUUAGAGAAAUUCUCCCUGACCUGACUAGAUUAAGUCUUGAGUGAUGGGUGUCAUACACCUCAGAAAUAAAGAUUUUUAUCUAGUAUGUGGAACAGUGUAUAUAUUAUGUAUGUGCAUCAGAUGCUUUCGUGAUACGACCAACAACAGUGAAGUCUUGAGGGAACAAGACACUAAGUUGUUCACACUAACGGGGAUAAACUUAACAGGAUUAAAAUUUCACGAGUUUAAGAAACAAAAUAAAAUCCUUCGUCAUCUCUUACAGACACUGACGACCCGAGGUAUUUGGAAAGUUUCGCUCUUUAUAUAAAUACUACAUUCAAGACACAGUGGCCCUGUGGUGCCAUUGAGGGGCGUUAAAGAGUGCCAACCUGAGAUGGAGAGAGCUAUACUUGGCAGCAACUGACUCGACCCUUGCCACAGUCACUGACACCUACAGCUUUACAUUACUAAGUGUCGAGGCUCCAAUACUUAAUACAUUCCUCCCUCCAGUCCUUAUGUUAUUGAUCAUAAAUAAACUAAGUGUUGUGAGUGACGGAAUGUGAGUGACGGAGUGUGAGUGACAAAUGACUAUCGUGUGUAACUCUCGAGACGUCGCCAUGUGUGUAAUAAUAAUCAUCAAGUGUUACCUUAUACCUUAAUGUGUUCUUGCCAUUCAGUAUUUAAGGUC